GGGUUGGGUGUGGAGGUAUAAACCAUAAACCUGCUAUAAACUGGUGUCCGCGGGAUCAAACAGUCUCUCUCUCCAUCAAGAUGUCCAGGUUUAAGCGGGCGAACAACGCCGACACCAUGGCGGGCUUUCGGACAACGCAGCCGGAACCGGCGGUUCCGAACGGGCUGCUGAAGGCGGCGAGGAAGAGCGGGCAGCUCAACCUGUCCGGCCGCGGGCUGACGGAAGUUCCUCAGAGCGUGUACCGUCUGAGCGUGGACCCGCCGGAGGAGGCCCAGCAGGACUCUUCCUUCGGGGCGUCGGACCGCUGGUGGGAGCAGGCCGACCUCACCAAGCUGCUGCUGGCCUCCAACCAGCUGACGCUCCUGUCCGAGGACAUCAGUCUGCUGCCGGCGCUCACCACUCUGGACCUCCAUGACAACGUCCUGAAGAGUGUCCCCUGCUCGCUGGGAGCCCUGCAGGAACUGCAGCAGCUGCGCCUCAGUCAUAAUCAGCUGUCGUCUCUGCCGGUGGAGGUGUGUUCCCUGAAGAACCUGCGGAGCCUGACGCUGCAGAAGAACCUGCUGGAGAACCUUCCUGAGGAACUGGGCCAGCUGGAGAACCUCACAGAGCUGGAUGUGUCCAGCAACCGUCUGAAGGCUCUUCCCUCCGGCCUCGGCAGCCUGGCAGCUCUGCAGAAAGUCAAUGUGUGUCACAACCAGCUGAGCUGCCUGCCUGACGGUCUGUCCCAGCUCACAAGUGUGAAGCUGCUGGACUGCAGUAACAACCUGCUGAGCGACGUUCCCGCCAGCCUGUCACACAUGCUCUCUCUGGAGCAGCUUUACCUCCGACACAACAAGCUCCGGCGGCUCCCGCAGAUCCCUGCACCCGCACUCAAGGAGCUGUACGUGGGGAACAACCAGAUCGAGCUGCUGGAGCCGGAGACGCUGGCCGGUCUGACGGCCAUCUCUCUCCUGGAACUGAGAGACAACAAGAUCAAGGUGCUGCCGGAGCAGAUCACGCUGCUGACCACGCUGACGCGCCUCGACCUCACCAACAACGACGUCGGCACUCUCCCAGCUUCCCUCAGCCUGCUGCCCGACCUGAAGGUGCUGCUGCUGGAAGGAAACCCCCUCCGAGGAAUCAGGAGGGAUCUCCUCACCAAAGGAACCAAUGAGCUUCUGAAGUAUCUCAGAGGAAGAAUCAAAGAGGAGCCUGAGAAAGUGCAGGAAGGACAGACAGCGAUGACACUACCCUCCCAGGCAACAGUCAACCUGCACAGUAUCAAGACUCUAAAGGUGCUGCAGUACAGUGAGCAGCAGGCGGAGAGCGUUCCAGAGGAGGUGUUUGAUGCUGCAGCUGAUCACGGCGUCGCCACGGUGAACUUCAGCAGGAACCAGCUCACCUCCUUACCUCCCAGACUGCUGGACUUCAGCUCCUCUCUGUCAGACAUCAACCUGGGCUUCAACCGUCUGAGCUGCUGCUCUCCUGACAUCUGCAAGUUACUGCAGCUGACCCACAUCGACCUCAGAAACAACCAGCUGAGUGAUUUACCUGCCGAGAUGAAGAACUUGAGCAAACUGAGCUCCAUCAUCCUCAACUACAACAGGUUCAAGUCCUUCCCCGAGGUCCUGUACGAGGUGGUCUCCCUGGAGACGGUGUUGCUGGGCAACAACCAGGUGGGCGGGGUGGAUCCGGGUCGUCUGCUCAAGCUGGUCCGUCUGUACACGCUGGACCUGUCCAACAACGACCUGCUGAGCGUCCCGCCGGAGCUGGGCCUGUGCAGCAGCCUCAGGAGCCUCAGUCUGGAGGGGAACCCCUUCCGGGCCCCCAGGGCCGCCAUCGUUGCCAAAGGAACUGACGCCGUGAUGGAGUACCUGCGCAGCCGCAUCCCGGCCUGACCCGCUCCAUCAUGUGAACGCAGGGAUCUGAUCGUUUUUCUAGUUGUGUCAAAUGUUUUCUGGACAAUCUAUGAUCUUUGAUUGGUCGUUUCAGACCGAAUGAUGCCAAAAGCACUUAAUAAACUUCUUAAUAAAGAUGUU